AUGAACCUGGAAGGGGUGGAUGAUGAAGUAAGAUGUCGCACCUUCCCCGUGACCUUAGCUGGACCGACAAUUCGAUGGUUCAAUGCUCUCCCCCAGGGUUCUAUAACCACCUUUGCUGACAUCAGUUGCGCCUUUCUAGCUCAGUUCACCACACGCAUCGCUAAAACGAAGCACCCGAUCAACCUGCUCGGGGUGACACAGAGAAACAGCGAGCUGACCAGGAAGUACCUUGAUAGGUUCAAUGACGAGUGCUUGGAGAUCGAUGGCCUAACCGACUCGGUGGCCAGCUUGUGCUUGACGAACGGGUUGUUGAACGAGGAUUUCAGAAAACAUCUCACCACCAAGCCCGUGUGGACGAUGCAAGAAAUCCAGAACAUGGCCAGGGAAUAUAUCAAUGAUGAAGAGGUUAGCCAGGUUGUGGCAGCCAACAAACGGUAG